UAACGAUCCCCGUAUAUUAAUGGCGAAGAAGUCUCCCGACGAAGUUCAUCCGGUGAAGGCGUUUGGGUGGGCAGCGAGCGACCCAUCUGGUCAUCUCUCUCCCUUCAGCUUCUCCCGCAGGGCAACCGGAGAAGAGGAUGUGAGGUUUAAGGUUCUGUAUUGUGGGAUCUGUCACUCUGAUCUUCACUGCAUCAAAAACGAAUGGGGCUUCUCUACCUACCCUUUGCUCCCCGGGUAUAUAUGUUUUACUACCUACACACCUACACACACGAAAUCGCCGGCGAAGUGACGGAAGUCGGGAGCAAGGUGACCAAAGUGAAACCGGGAGACAAAGUCGGUGUCGGGUGCCUAGUCGGAGCUUGCCACUCCUGCGAGAACUGCACCGCCGACCUCGAGAACCACUGCCCCCAAGUCAUCCAGACCUACAACUCCAUCGACGUCGACGGGACCAUGACCUACGGCGGUUACUCCGACCACAUGGUGGCCAGAGAGCGCUACAUUGUCCGCUUCCCGGAGAACAUGCCCCUGGACGCCGGGGCUCCGCUACUGUGCGCUGGGAUCACGGUUUACAGCCCAAUGAAGUACUAUGGGCUGAGUGAGCCCGGCAUGCAUAUCGCCGUUGUUGGGCUUGGUGGGCUGGGCCACGUCGCGGUUAAAUUUGCAAAGGCCUUUGGCGCUAGAGUCACCGUUGUUAGUACUUCGCCCAAGAAGGAAGAGGAGGCACUGAAACGGCUUGGCGCCGAUUCGUUUUUGGUUAGCACCAACAUGGACCAGCUUAAGAAAGAACAAUUUACGUUGGAUGGUAUAAUCGAUACGGUGUCUGCAGUGCAUCCUCUAUUGCCAUUGCUGGGUUUAUUGAAAGCCAACGGAAAACUGAUACUAGUGGGUGCACCAGAGAAGCCUCUAGAGCUGCCUGCUUUCUCAGUGAUUAUGGGGAGGAAGACUGUUGCAGGAAGUAACAUUGGGGGAAUGAAGGAGACACAAGAAAUGAUUGAUUUUGCAGCAAAGCACAAUAUUACAGCUGAUAUUGAGAUUAUCAAGGCAGAUUAUCUAAACACGGCAAUGGAACGGCUAGCCAAGGGUGAUGUUCGGUAUCGUUUUGUGAUCGAUAUUGCUAAUAGCGUGGCUGAUAUAUACCGAGAAACAACUCAGCGUAAAUAGUUAUAUACAUAGAGCUAUAUUUGUUAUCUUUCCAUUUCAGUUGCGCCAACUAAAAUAUUCGUGACAGAACCGUUCAUAUAUAGGAUUUUUGACAUAAUGUAUACUUCUGAGUUCAUCAAAUGAAAUCGUUUCAGCAGAAAUAUGA